AAUACAACAGCUAAAUUCACUUUAAUGACUUCAAUGAAUCCCAAUACAACAACACAACUCAAAUCAGAAAUUUCUUCAUUGACUCCCAGUACAGUAACACAACUCACAUCAACAACUUCUUCAGUGACUCCUGAUUCAACAGAAUCCAUGUCAACAACGUCAAUGAUUCCCAAUACAACAACAAAACUCAAAUCAGAAAUUUCUUCAUCGACUCCCAGUACAGUAACACAACUCACAUCAACAACUUCUUCAAUGACUCCCAAUACAACAACACAACUUAAAUCAGAAACUUCUUCAGUGACUACUGAUACAACAACCCAACUCACAUCAACAACUUCUUUAAUGACUCCCAAUGCAACAACACAACUCACAUCAGAAACUUCAUCAAUGACUCUUGAUACAACAACAGAAUCCACAUCAACAACUUCAAUGACUCCAAAUACAACAACACAACUCACAUCAACAACUUCUUCAGUGACUCCUGAUACAACAGAAUCCAUGUCAACAACUCCAAUGGCUCCCAAUAAAGCAACACAAUUCACAUCAGAAAUUUCUUCAAUGACUCCUGAUACAACAACAAAACUCACAUCAGAAACUUCAUCGAUGACUCCCAAUACAACAACACAACUUACAUCAACAACUUUUUCAAUGACUUCAGAUACAGCAACACAACUCACAUCAACAACCUCAAUGACUCCCAAUUCAGCAACACAACUCACAUCAACAACUUCUUCAAUGAUACCUGAAUCAACAACACAACUUACAUCAACAACUUCAAUAACUCGCAAUACAACAACACAACUAUCUUCAACUUCUUCAAUCACUCUCAACACAACAACACAACUCACAUCAAGAACUUUUUCAAUGACUCCUAAUACAACACAACUUACAUCAACAACUUCUUCAAUCACUCCCAAUACAUCACAAGUCACAUUAACAACUUCAAUGACUCCUGAUACAACACAACUCACAACAGAAUCUUCUUCAAUGACUCCUGAUACAACAACAGAGUCCACAUCAGCAACUUCAAUAACUCCCGAUACAACAACACAACUCACAUCAACAACUUCUUCAAUGACUCCCAAUACAACAACACAACUCACAACAACAACUAAUUCAAUGACUCCCAAUACAACAACACAACUUAAAUCAGAAACUUCUUCAGUGACUACUCAUACAACAACCCAACUCACAUCAACAACUUUUUUAAUGACUCCCAAUACAACAACACAACUCACAUCAGAAACUUCAUCAAUGACUCCCAAUACAACACAUCUCAAAUCAGAAACUUCUUCAAUGACUCUUGAUACAACAACAGAAUCCACAUCAACAACUUCAAUGACUCCAAAUACAACACAACUCACAUCAACAACUUCUUCAGUGACUCCUGAUACAACAGAAUCCAUGUCAACAACUCCAGUGGCUCCCAAUACAGCAACACAAUUCACAUCAGAAUAUUCUUCAAUGACUCCUGAUACAACAAAACUCACAUCAGAAACUUCAUCGAUGACUCCCAAUACAACAACACAACUUACAUCAACAACUUUUUCAAUGACUUCAGAUACAGCAACACAACUCGCAUCAGAAACUUCUUCAAUGUCUCCCAAUACAACAGCAAAAUUCACUUUAACGACUUCAAUGAAUCCAGAUACAGCAACACAACUCACAUCAGAAACUUCUUCAAUGAAUCCAGUUACAACAACACAACUCACAUCAACAACUUCAAUGACUCCCAAUACAACAACACAACUCACAUCAGAAACUUCUUCAAUGACUCCCAAUACAACACAACUCACAUCAGAAACUUCUUCAAUGACUCUUGACACAACCACAGAAUCCACAUCAACAACUUCAAUGACUCCGAAUACAACAACACAACUCACAUCAACAACUUCUUCAAUGACUCCUGAUACAACAGAAUCCAUGUCAACAACUCCAAUGGCUCCCAAUACAGCAACACAAUUAACAUCAGAAUAUUCUUCAAUGACUCCUGAUACAACAACAAAACUCUCAUCAGAAACUUCAUCAAUGACUCCAAUACAACACAACUCACAUCAAUAACUUCAAUGAAUCCCAAUACAACAACACAACUUACAUCAACAACUUCUUCAAUGACUUCAGAUACAGCAACACAACUCACAUCAGAAACUUCUUCAAUGAAUCCAGUUACAACAACACAACUCACAUCAACAACUUCUUCAAUGACUCCAGAUACAGCCACAGAACUCACAUCAACACCAUCUACAACUUCAAUGAAUUCAGAUACAUCGAGACAACUUCCACCCACAUCAACUACAGCUUCUUCAAUGAAUCCAAAUACAUCAACACAAAUUUCCCUCACAUCAACUACCACAACGCAAUCAACCAUUACACCUUCAGCUCAAGCUCUGACAGAUUCAGAUGUGAAUAGCACAACUAUUCUGUCAAACAUGUCAUCUCCUUCUUCUUCUCCAACCUCACCAGUGUCUACCACAACCCCUCAAACUACCCUGACCACAUCAAUAUCUGCCCAGACUCUUACAAGCAUUAGCCAACCAAUCAGUGACUCCGAUAACUCAGAUACAACAACCAACAGCGCAACAGCAAUCUUUUCCACUGCACCAAAAAUCACAACUCAAGUAACCAAUCAGACGGCGGUUCUGCGAACAAUGACGAAUAAUGAUACAUUAGUCACAGAUCCAUUCGUGGCACAGUGUAACUUUUCCCAGUACUGCACUAAUGAAUCUUCAUACUACUGGAUGCUUGUGGAGGUGAAUGGCUCUAAUUUGACAGAGAAAGAGAUUGACAUUUGG